AUGGAGGUGGAGAUCAAUGAUCGGGGUGGAGAUUGGUGUAAUUGGGGUGUUCGAGGUGGAGAUCGGUGGUCAGGGUGGAGAUUGACUGCAGUACAUUACUUAAUCAAUGGUCAUGACUACAUAAUGGGAUAUUACCUUGUUGAUGGUAUAUAUCCAAAGUCGACAACAUUUGUGAAAACAAUCCCAUCUCCACAAGGACAUAAGCGAAAAUUAUUUGCAGCAGCCCAAGAAGUGUGUAGGAAGGAUGUUGGGCGUGCAUUUGGAGUGCUUCAAGCACGUUUCGCAAUUGUCCGUGCACCUGCACGAUUUUUCCAUCUUGAAACACUUCAAAAGAUCAUAAAAGCAUGCAUAAUUCUCCAUAACAUGAUUGCUGAAGAUAAGCAGAAUGAUAAUGAAGUGGUAGACUUGGAUUAUGAACAAAUUGAUGGAGUGGAUAAUCCUCCUAUGCAAGUGUUACGUGAACAAAGUGAUGGAUUUAUAUCAUACAUUGAGAGGCAUGAACGCAUUAGAGACUGA